GUCCACGGUCCCCGCCGCCAACAUGAGCGGAUUCCGGUUUCUGAAUCUCGUCCGUCCGUUCCUGCCACUCCUCCCGGAAGUCUCGUCGCCAGACCGCAAGGUACCCUUCAACCAGAAGGUGCUAUGGACGGCCGUGACACUGCUGAUCUUCUUGGUUUGCUCACAAGUCCCGCUGUACGGCAUCAUGUCGUCCGACUCGUCUGACCCGCUCUACUGGAUGCGUGUCAUCCUCGCCUCCAACCGCGGCACACUUAUGGAACUUGGUAUUACCCCUAUUGUUACCUCUGGAAUGAUCAUGCAACUGCUGGCUGGUGCAAACCUCAUCGAGGUCGACUUCUCGCUCAAGGAGGAUCGUGCGUUGUUCAGCGGGGCUCAAAAGCUCUUUGCCUUGGUCAUUGCUUUUGGCCAGGCUACCGUCUACGUCAUGACCGGCCUCUACGGCCAGCCAUCCGACAUCGGCGCGGGAGUCUGUCUGCUCCUUAUAAUCCAGCUUAUCUCUGCGUCGCUCAUCGUUAUUCUUCUUGAUGAGCUACUUCAGAAGGGCUAUGGUCUCGGCUCUGGUAUCUCGCUUUUCAUUGCCACCAACAUUUGCGAAUCCAUCGUCUGGAAGGCCUUCUCACCAACUACUAUUAACACUGGUCGUGGCCCUGAAUUCGAGGGUGCCGUUGUUUCGCUCUUCCACUUGGUCUUCACCUGGAACGACAAGGGUCGUGCGCUCCGUGAGGCGUUCUGGCGCGACCGUCUCCCGAACAUCAUGAAUCUGAUCGCUACCGUCGUCGUCUUCGCGGUCGUCAUCUACCUCCAGGGCUUCCGCAUUGAGAUCCCUGUCAAGAGCAAUCGCUUCCGUGGCCAGCGCGGCUCCUACCCCGUCAAGCUGUUCUACACCUCGAACAUGCCUAUCAUGCUGCAAUCUGCUCUGGUGUCCAACGUCUUCAUUCUCUCACAAAUGCUCGCGUCACGCUUCCCUAGCAACCUCCUCGUCCGGUUACUCGGUGUCUGGGAGCCUCUCGAAGACUCGCCGCAGCUUCAGGCUGUUUCUGGUAUUGCAUACUACAUGUCUCCACCGCAGAGCAUCAAGACGGUCCUUCUUGACCCUAUCCAUACCGUGAUCUACAUUGCCUUCAUCACCUCGGCCUGCGCCAUCUUUUCCAAGACAUGGAUCGAGGUCUCUGGAAGUGGUCCCCGUGACAUAGCCAAGCAACUCAAAGAACAACAGAUGGUCAUGGCAGGUCACCGUGAGGGCUCGAUGUACAAGGAGCUCAAGCGUGUCGUUCCCACCGCUGCCGCGCUCGGUGGCGCUAUGCUUGGCCUGCUCUCCGUUGCUGCUGACCUCAUGGGCGCCAUUGGUAGCGGUACCGGUAUCCUCAUGGCCGUUACCAUCAUCUACAGCUACUGGGAGAUCGGCAUGCGGGAAUCUGGUGGCCCAGAGCUCGCUGCGCUCGGCGAUUUGCUAUGAGCGGCGCUGCCUCUUUCAGCGUUCGUGUAAUAAAAGUUUACCCUCGGCACUUGGAGCGGGAACAUAAUUUACAUCAUCGAUGGGUGGGAUGUGAUGCGACAUCUCUGUCUGUGUGCGAUUGUCACUAAUCACUUGUGUAUACGGGAAGUGUUUCAGUUUCACGUUCAGACGAUAUCUGCUCCUUGGUCCUGUAGGCGUAAUCACCAAGAUAAUGGCCGCGUGUUGCGAAGACAUACAUCCCACGGCCGGUCCAGAAACGAGAGAGCUGUUGUGAAGCAUUGUGGUUCUAGCAGAAAUGCCAAAGAUUU